AUGGAGAAUACAAGAAAUACAGAUGAAAAUGAAUCGUCCGAAACAAGGAUUGCAAGAUUGGAAAGGAUAGUUGAAUUAUUGACUGAGACUCUAGGACAACAACAGAACCAUCAACCCCCACCUCCUCAUCCGCAGCUACCAGUGCAGCUAGAACCAAAUGCCAAUGCUAAUGUUAUUACUUUGACACAAAAGUUUAACAAAAUGAAGCCACAAACAUUCCAUGGAGGUCUUGAGCCACUGAAAGCCGAUGCAUGGAUCUUAGAAACUGAAAAAUUGUUUGAAGUAUUCCCGUGUUCAGAGGUGCAGAAGGGUACCAUGUCAAUAGCAAAAUAUGAAACCAAGUUCACCGAGCUCGCCCGCUAUGCGCCAUACAUGGUAGAUACCGACUAUAAAAAAAAGGCUAGAAAAUUUGAGGGUGGACUUAAUGUGGAGAUAUUAGACCGGAUCAAUGUUCUGAAAUUACUCAAGUAUGUGGAUGUCCUUGACCGAGCUAUCAUAGCUGAGGCAAAUAUUGCAGCAUUGAAACAGGCUAAGACGCCAGUGAUUGAAUGGCGGGGCAAGAGAACAAGUUUUAAUUUCAAAAAGGGUCGGAACAACUCAUGGAAUAAAAAGCAAAAUACAGGGUCAACCAGUAGUUCCAGUCAGGGGAAUAAUUCUAUACCACCUUGUCCAGAAUGUGGCAGAAGACAUAAAGGGGUUUGUUACAAAAUUUCUAGGGCAUGUUACAGGGAGAUUGAGUUCAUUAUUGAGGUGAUAUCGGGCGCACAACUAAUUUCCAAAGCUCUGUACAGAAUGUCACUUACUGAAUUGAAGGAGUUGAAAAUUCAAUUACAAGAACUGUUGGACAAGAAAUUUAUUAGGCCUAGUACAUCACCGUGGGGCGCACCAGUCUUAUUUGUGAAAAAGAAGGAUGGCUCAUUACAGCUCUACAUUGAUUACCGUGAAUUAAAUAAGGUAACAGUGAAGAAUAAAUAUGUGUUGCCUCGCAUUGAUGAUUUAUUCGACCAAUUGCAAGGUGCACAAGUCUUUUCCAAAAUCAAUCUUAGAUCUAGAUACCACCAAUUGAAGGUCAAAGCUGAGGACAUUGAAAAGACUAUUUUCUGA